GGGUGUGCCUACCCACAGAACGAGAGAGUUGAGCGCAUUUGGGCAGGAGGCUUCGUAGCAGAAUGGGGUCCCCUUGGGUACUUAUUGGCUAAAGAGCUUUGCAACAUUUUCUUAAGCAGGGCAGUGGUGGGGAACCAAAGGCCGAGAGGCCAAGGGCAAGGGAGAGUUCUGCCUGUGAGUGCAGCUGAGAAGCUUUCCUGACUGAACAACCGUAUCGUGAGUCAUUCCUAAUCCUGAAUUGUAACCUGUUACUUUGCUAAGAAACCCCAUAACCGUGAGUGUGGUCUGUGAGCUCUGUGUGGCCAUUGCAAUGAAUUCUCGGAACUAGUAGAGAAGUAGAGAGUGCCCUGGGAGGGAUGGCUAGUGUCAGCAUUGUUAAAAAGGUUGGAGAGAGGAGGUAUGUCUAACCUCUGCCUCAUAGGAAUCAGCCUUGGGCUAUGGAGGUUGAUAAAGAUUCUCCUCUGCCCUUGUGAAAUUAGAGAAGAGGUCAGACAACGCUGCUGCCACACCGUUUUUACAAUAAUAAACGGAGAAAAUAUAGAAGUUGUCACGGAUUUCGUUUUACUUGGAUCCACAAUCAACAUCCAUGGAAGCAGCAGUCGAGAAAUCGAAUGACAUAUUGCAUUGGGCAAAUCUGCUGUAAAAGACCUCUUUAAAGUGUUAAAAAGCAAAGAUGUCACUUUGAGGACUAAGGUGUGCCUGACCCAAGCCAUGGUAUUUUCAAUCACCUCAUACCUAUGGGAAAACUGGACAAUGAAUAAGGAAGACGGAAGAAGAAUUGAUGCAUCAGAAUUCUGGUGUUGGUGAAGGAUAUCGAAUAUACCAUGGACUGCCAGAAGAAAGAACAGAUCUUUCAUGGAAGUACAGCCAGAAUGCUUCUUUGAGCCAGGAUAUCGAGACUCAGUCUCAUGUACUAUGGACGCGUUAUCAGGAGGGACCGGUACCUGGAGAAGAACAUCAUGCUUGGCAAAGUAAAAGGUCAGCAAAAGAGAGGGGGACACUUAAUGACAUGGAUUGACACAGUGGCUACAGCAAUGGACUCAAACAUAGCAACAAUUGGGAGGAUAGCACAGGACCAGGCAAUGCUUUGUUCUGUUGUUAAUAGGGACAAUAAGGGAAUGCUUCAUAAAUGUAAUAAAAUCGAGACAAAGGGGACUCACUAGAUGUGUAUUUGGAUUUGCCAAACUAAGGUGUGUUUUCUGUAUUUGUGCCAGAUCUUACUAAGAUUCUUCUAACACAAUUGAGAUGAAAAUUUCAGUUCAACAUGGCAAGAAACCAGUCAAGAUUUUUACGAGUCAUGUGAUAUUAGGUGUCUUGAAGUUGAUAUUCGACUCAUACUGACCCCAGGUGACAGAGUAGAACUUACCCAUGGGAUUUUCUUGGCUGGAAUCUUUAGGGGAGCAGAUCACCAGGUCUUUCUUCCUCGGGACUGCUGGGUGGGUUCAAACGAAACGUUUAUAAGCGUCGUGCCACCAGAGUUCCUACGAGCCAAGUAGAUCAGUGUCAUUACGUUGGGUUGCCCCAUCCUAAAGACCAAGGUUAUGGGUAAGUCACUUCCCAAGGGGGUAAACUGAAAAGUGACUUGGUAAUAGGGAACUGGGUAAUACAUAGAUCUGUUGACUCCUUCCCACACUAACUCUUGUGCUAAGAAGUUCACCAACUAAAGGAACCCCUUCAAAGUCGGAUCCAUUUUCUUAGCCUGGCUGGGAGUUGGCACCAGUUUCCAUUAGUUUAUUUUCCUCUUUGGACUCCAUCCUCUUGCCCAAAUUCAUUUCCUGAGGCACAUUAGUUUGGGGGCAGGGGCGUGCCUAAUGUGGUAUGUAAGUGACUCAGGAAGAGAGAACUGAUGGGCCUAGCAUUAUGCAAACUCCCCAACUUACACCCCCAAGCCAUCUCACCCACCCAUAAACCUCCUUGAGAAACUGAAGCUCAAGAUAAGAAGAGGCCAAUUUCCUUUUUGUUGCCUCUGAGAAGCCACCAGGCUGCGUGAGAAGCCAGGACUUUUCAUUUGCUGGGUUCUGGCCACCUGGAUCUCAGCACUAUGUCCAGCAGGUACCUGCUCCUCAUCUCAGGUCUCAGCAUCCUGCUGGCACUCUUAGGAGAACACGCUGCAAUUUCUUACGUAAAAGUGUGUGGGGUGUUGGGUCAGCCUGUCACCCUACCCUGCAUGUACUCAGGAGCACUCACGUCCAUGUGUUGGGGCCGAGGGUCUUGCCCUCUUUCUCAUUGCAUGGAUGAAAUUGUCAGGACUAAUGGAUCCCAUGUCACCUUUCAGAAGGACUACCAUUAUAAGCUAAAGGGAUCCCUUUCGGCAAGGGAUGUGUCUUUGACUAUAGAGAACGCAGUCAAGGCAGACAGUGGCCUGUACUGUUGUCGUAUUCAGCACAGCGGAUGGUUUAAUGAUCAGAAAUACACCAUAUCAUUGGAGAUUAAAGGAGAGCACAAAGGUACGACGACCCAGCCACCGGUGGAUGUUUGUAUGAGUGAGGAUACAGCCCAGACUUGGAUACAGUUGAAAAAUACAUGGAAAAAUGGGACCAAAAAGGACAUUGCAAAAGUGGCUACCCAACUAAUUCAGGAGGUGGAAUUAAGUAUAUGGAAUCGGACUUCCAUUUCUCCAGGAAAGUAUGAGGAUCCUGUGCUUGAUAUAGUCUAUGAAACCAAGAGGUGCAAUAAGCCAAGUAAGGAAACAAUUUUGGAAGCUGGAAAUAACACAAUGGAUAUUGACUGUGCCCAUGAUUUCACAGAAACCACAACAGAUCAGGGUGCUGUUGCAUUGAUCACCUAUCGCGCUCUUGGGGAUAUUCUCAAUGAAUCCUUUUUUAGUGACAGAAAAGGACUGCAGGAAGUGAAACUGAACUCUCGUGUUGUGAGUGGCACCAUUGGUUUGAGGAAAAAAAUUGCCCUGUCCAAACCUGUCCUCCUGACCUUUAAACAUACUCAGGUGAGCAAAACCAGGGACUGGUUCUACCCAAGGAGACCAGCACAAUUUGCCAUUGAGCCAAUUCUGAGUCAUGGCCACCUCAUGGGUAUCAGUGUAGAGCUGUGCUCCGUAGGGAGGUGUCAGUGAAUGAUUUAGGGGAAGUAGAUCGUCAGACUUUUCUUCCCAGUUGCCUAUGGGUAGACUUGAACCUCCAACCUUUCAGUUAUCAUUUGAGCACUUUAACUGUUUGCACCACCCAAGGACUCCAUCUAGGGUGCCUUAAAGAGAUGUUGGUGCGUUCUCAGGGUUCUGGUAGGGAAAUGAAUCCAAUUCUGAUGGUUCAGAGUCAAGAGAACUGACAAGGGAUUGCUCACUGUGGCAAUCUAACAGACUGGGGCAUCAUGAUUACAUUAAGCCUAAAUGGAUAACAGAGGCACUAGAAUUAUUGAGCCCAAUGAAAACUGGAGGAGUGGAGGAGGGAUUGUCCAACUGCAGAUGGAAAUAUUGAUAGUUGCUGUCAUGUCAGCUCCUACUCUUUGUGGCCUUAUGUAUAACAGAACAAAUGUUGCCCAGUCCUGCACUACCUUCGAGAUCGUUAGUAUGUUUGAGUCCAUGGUUGUGGUCACUGUGUUCAUCCAUCUCACUUAGGGUUUCCCUCACGUUUGCUGCCCUCCACUUUACCAAACACAAUGUCGUUUUUUAGUAAUUGGUCUUUCCUGAUGAUGUGUCCAAAGUAAUUGAGUCAAAGUCUCCAAAAGUAUUUUAUGAUCCACAGGGUUUUCAUUGACUA